GAUGGCGCUGAAAGAGGAGAGUGAAGUAUUAGAUGAAAUGCAAGAUAAAGAUCAGUAUAAGAAACAUGAUUUCAUAACUUCCUCACGAAAAAGUACUCCGAAGACUGGAACUAGAAGUCAAUUGACCUGCCGGCACUGUGGAAAGAGUUUCAAACAACAUGGAAACUUUAAGGUCCACAUGAGAGUUCACACUGGUGAGAAGCCUUACACAUGCCAACAGUGUGGAAAGAGUUUCACUCAAAAAGCAACCCUUAAAAGCCACAUGAGUGUUCACACCAGAGAGAAGCCUUACACAUGCCAACAGUGUGGAAACAGUUUCACGCAGCAAGGAAGCUUUAACAGGCACAUGAUACUUCACACUGGAGAGAAGCCUUACACCUGCAAACUGUGUGGAAAGAGCUUCACUCAAAAAGGACACUUUAAAGUCCACAUGACAAAUCACACUGAAGGAAGCUCUUUCAUCUGCCAUCCAUGUGGAAAAGGUUUUAACAGAAAAGAAGACCUUGAAGUCCACAUGACAAAUCACACUGAAGGAAGCUCUUUUACCUGCCAACAGUGUGGAAAAAGUUUUAACAGAAAAAAAAACCUUAAUUCGCACAUGAAAAUUCACACUGGAGAAAAGCCUUACACAUGCCCUCAAUGUGGAAUAAGCUUUAACCAAAUAGGAAACCUUAACCGGCACAUGAGAACUCACACUGGAGAAAACCGUUUUACCUGCAAACUGUGUGGAAAAUGUUUCAUUCGAAAAGGAAACCUUAAUCACCACAUGAGAAUUCAUACCGGAGAAAAGCCUUACACAUGCCCUCAAUGUGGAAAGAGUUUUACACAUAAACAGACUUUUAAUGUCCACAUUAGAGUUCACACUGGAGAGAAGCCUUACACCUGCAAACGGUGUGGAAAGAGCUUCACUCAAAAAGGACACCUUAAAGUCCACAUGACAAAUCACACUGAAGGAAGCUCUUUCACCUGCCAACAGUGUGGAAAAAGUUUUAACAGAAAAAGCAACCUUAAUUCCCACAUGAAAAUUCACGCUGGAGGAAAGUCUUUCACAUGCCUUCAGCUUGAGAAGAGUUUCACAUAUCGAGACCCGAAACGUAAUUUGCAAGCUCAUUCUGGAAAGAAAUUGCAGAGUUCUGAAUGUGGUAAAAGAUUCAGAAAAAGGAGCAAUUUAAAAAAUCACUCUGGAGUAAGGAGAUUUCAUUGUGAUCGGUGUAAUAAAAAAUUUCUUUUGCCAUCGCAUUUACAGAUACACCUGAAAAGUCAUGCAGAUGUGAGACCCUAUUCUUGUUCUGUGUGUGGAAAGAGUUUCAAAUGGCUCAGCAAUUUAAAAUGGCACCAGAAAAUACGCAUCUGUGUAAAAUUAAGGCUGCGUUCACACCGCAACUGAAUGUGGAUCAAAUCUGAACGUUCCUUAGUCACAACAGUUUGGGGAUAUAAAUUACUAUUAAAGUGUGAGAAUUAACUUGUGUUUAUCAACAGAAGCACGCAGUUCCAACAAACUAUUUGCACAACCACCGAUGGUUUGACACAGUCUCCCAGUGCAACUGGAAUUAAAUGGAGUUAAUGACAGCUUAUGGUUCUGUUGUAUUUGGUGCUCUUAGCUUUCAGAGCAAAAGAGGUUACUGCUAUGCAUGUUGCAGUUUUUCAGUUCAGUA